CUUCGUCACUCUUGAGUGUGCCAAACACAGACUGUGCACGAGUCAGCUGGAAUAACGAGUGAAUUCUGCAAAGACAACACACACAAGCACGCGCUUGCACCUGCUACCGGAAUACUGACAUACUGAGCACACUGAACACCAUGGACUCCGACUCAAGCCGAGUGUCUAGUAGACCUUCAUCUCCUGAAGGCGAUGACCUUUUCCUGUCCGCAGUGAAGAAGUCCGUGGGUUUCUCCGGUGCCGUUUCCUCCACCCAGAGCGACUCUCCUCCGGAGUUACGAGGCGCAGAACUGCGGAGCCUUUCCAGCGCAGACGAGGAUGCAAUGGCCCUGAAGAUGUUCUCGAAAAAGGACCGCAAACUUCUCUCAGAAAACGAACUUCAGAACAUGCGCCUCAAGAUUAACAGCCGCGAAAGGAAGCGCAUGCACGACCUCAACAUUGCCAUGGACGGGCUACGGGAGGUCAUGCCCUAUGCACAUGGUCCAUCCGUGCGUAAACUCUCCAAAAUAGCCACUCUGCUGCUCGCGCGCAAUUACAUCCUCAUGCUGAGCAACUCAUUGGAGGAGAUGAAACGACUCGUGAGCGAGAUCUAUGGCGGCGGGAGCGGGGCCCAUCACGCCGGUUUCCACCCGUCCAGUUGUGGCACUCUUGCGCAUGCAGCAGGAGCUCCGUUACCGGGCCACCCUGGUGCUGUCUCGCAUACUUCUCACCCGGUGCACCAUCCUCUGCUUCCACCAGCAGUCUCCACUGCCGCGUCUCUUUCCGCCACUGGUCUUUCAGCCGUCAGGCCGCAUCACGGACUUCUCAAGGCACCAUCAGCAGGUGCUGGACCACUUGGCACAAGUUUUCAACACUGGGGUGCGGGGAUCCCGUGCCCCUGCAGCAUGUGCCAGGUGCCUCCUCAUGUUUCCGGUAUGAGCACCGUCAGCAUGCCACGACUAACCAGUGACUCAAAAUGAGCUCUGGAAAGGAGGACCAAUAGACUUUUAUAAAAACUAUGAACAAUUUGUUUAAACAUCCCGAAAAGAUCUGAUGUAAAAAUUACACUAACAUAGAAUUUGCUAACACGUUAGAGUAAAUUAAGGUUUGUUAUCCAUAUAUGCAAAUCUGUGUAUGAAGUUUGUGACAAUGCUAGCCCUAUUCGUUUAAAAGCUUUUUAAACUUGGAACUGCAAAAAUUAUAAUUUGAAGUGCCAAUUUUAUUGUAAUGAAAUAGAGAUAUAGCAAGUCCAUGUUUUGUUUUCACAAAUGAUGUUUAAAGCAAAUCCGACCAAUUCCUGCAGCAGUUAAGAGGGCUAUUUAUUGGGCAGUUUCUAUAAAAAAAAAACUAACAUUUUAAAAGUCCUAUAUAUUUGGAAACAUAUUAUAGGACUGUACUUUGUAAAUAUGUAGAUAGCGUUUGUACAGUUUAAGAGAUUUUAUAUUUCCUUCCCAGCUUAUGUUUUGGGUCAGAAUUCAUUGCCAAGGUCUGUCUCUGAAGGGAACGAUGCACCUGUUCAUUCGAUUUUCUGGCUUUCCAUUUCGUUAUUUUAUUUCGCUCUGCACACGCAUAUUUGCCAUUGCUGAUACGAACUUUUAUUUUUUAUAAUAAAUUGCAAAAUGAUAUUUAUUUACUUAUUUUGGUGGUAUUUUCAAAUUAAUGUGCGUUGGAUGUUUGAGUUCCAAUUGUAAAAUAAAUGUUUACAAUGAUA